AUGAGACCUGCUCCAGAACCGUUCCUGCGCAAGCAAUCCUUUGACACCUCUCCAUCCGUCGAUCCCCGCACCGCGACCCCCACGACCUUCUUCCUAUCUCGGAGCCCGCAUGUCUCGGAUCUGGAAUCCAGCACCUCGACGGAUAGCCAUGAUAGCCAAGAUGCCAAAGAGAAUAUGUACGGAGUGCAAAGCCUAGACGAGACUCUAUGUCAGGCUGAGUUCGCAAGCUCUCCCCACGAUCUCCCCGCAGACAACUUAAAGCAUGCCACCGAUGAUUUAGAAUCGCACCUCAUACGACGUCGGUCAACUGUAAAGCCGCUGGAUGCAGAAACCUUAGAUUCUCCCCAACAGACAUCGUCUCUUUCUCAUACAGUAUCUCGGCCUUUGACUCCGCUCGACCUGGGCAACCCCGAUGAUCCGUCGUCGCUGCCUAGCAGCCCAAAAUCGACAUCCAAUCAGUCUCUACGGCCUCUUGACGAUAUGUCUAUCACCGAUGAAAUCAAUAGUCAGGCUAUCGGGUCUGGAGAUGAAGAGGACUUUGGAUCAUCACGUCCGCCCCCGGGUGGGGCGUCCCAGCUUAUCAUGCCAAGUAUUAAAAUGCCCAGUCGACGGCCGUUCACCGAGCGAGGAAAAACCAUGGGGCGAUUCAAGCUUCUUCUGGCUGGUUCCCCAGGGUCAGGAAAAACUUCUUUGAUCAAGUCGAUUGUUCAGACUUGUGAAGACAUCGUCCAUGUCGACACCAUUCCAUCGGUGACCUCGUUAGAACGACGUAGAUCAUCUCGGCUCCGGUCUCGUGGUACACUCGUUACAACCUCCGAGAUUUAUGCGAGUACAAAACCUUAUCCAUCCUGGUGGUCGGAUUUGGAAGAUUCGCGCGUGCUUCGACGCCGGAAAAGUAUCGGGGAAAUUGUACUGGAGAGGAACAUUUGCUUCGUUGAUACACCGGCUACAUCAUUGAGUCGCGCGGGACAGAUCGAAGCUGUUGUCCAAUAUUUGCGACAACAGUUGCUUCGUGCUACCUCUGCUCUCAACGACACCGGUGUGGAUUUCCAAAAUUUACUUGCCGGCAACGGUGGAUCCCAGGUGGAUGCCAUCCUUUAUUUGAUUUCUAAUGACACCUUAUCGACAGAUGUGGAGUGCAUUCGCAAGCUCUGCGAACUGAGCAAUGUGAUUCCAGUGGUGUCCAAAUCGGACACACUUUCCGCCGAACAAAUCACCGCGCUGAAAUUACAGUUUCACGAACAAUCCAGCGAGGCAGGGAUUAAGCCCUUUCUGUUCGGAGACCCGCCCGGGGAACUAGACGGGCUAGAUUCCCAACCACCAUAUGCAGUGUCAUCGGAGAAAGCCGUCGACACAGAAACAAUGGAUGCCAGCACCCUAAUGAGCCCGGACUACGUCCAACCCCUCGUACAUUCAGAAUUAGACGCACUAGUGGAAAAAAUGUUCGACCGAGAUAACCUAGCAUGGAUGCGCCAUUCCGCUGCAAAGAAACUCACCCAACGUGCCGGCUUUUUUUCGGUUCCGCCCGCAAUGCCGUUGCCCAAAGCGCAGCUCGGACCAACCCCAAGUGGGGCCGACCAAGCGUCGGGUUCAUCCAUGACUUCUUCCUCUCCCAGUUAUGCCAUGGCCCGCCUAGCAGACCACACUCGAACCGAAGAGCGGGUCGCUCAAGUUCGACUGGCACAAUGGGCAACAGACCUCCAGCGAAGCCUGCAGAACGAACGUGAUCGCUAUUCCUCACUAGCGCGGGGCGAACGCGCCGUCUGGCUAACAGAGCGCUUGAACGAGUGCGUCGUGGACGGCUCGCUCGUACCUUUGUCGCAAACCCCUGGCUUUUGUGGCUUGCAUAUCCCGGUAGGCGAAAAACAUCCACACUCAAACGGGCUGCAUGUCAUGCGACCACAUGCUGCUUCGCCCGUUUACCAUGUCGCCUGUCUCAGCCCACAUGACCCCCUCGGCGUGGUGCGCUGGAUUGACGACCUUGGUCGGCGGAGCUGGGUGCUCGUUCAGAUUGCUGGUAGUGUGGGUGUUGUUGGUGGGUUGGCGCUUUGGCUUGCGCGCACUUGGGGUCUCCCGGCGCGCAAUCUGACUGACUUGCGUCUGGAUUAUUGGUGUGGCACGAUGGAGCGGGCAUAA